AUGGGGAUCCAGCUGGAGACUCUGGUGGAGUCGAUUAAGUCGAAGGUGAAGGGAGCACUACUGCGCAAGUCGAAGAAGAAGAAGCCGUACGUUAAGAUGGACAAGAGCGCCAGCGUCAGGGUCGAGAUUCGCAGCCGUAAGGCCAGGCAGCUCAUCGACAAAACCCUCAAGGUCGCCGAUCGCCCCGGGAAGCGCACCCUCUCUUGA